GCGUAUUUGACUGCAUCGGGCCAUACACAGGAUCCUCGGCAUGUAUAUCACUGCUUCACUGCAUUACUGUAUCACUGCUGUUCUUCUGUUUUUCCUCCGGAGUGUGUGGGUUCAUCAAACACCAGGGCGGGCAUUCUCCGCCGUUUGUUUUACAAGGCUAGGGGAGCCUACACGAAUUAUUACCUAGGUAGCCUCCGUCUUUCUGUUAAUCCCGUCUCCUUUCCGUCCUCGAUCACUCAAUCACUCGCUCACUCGCCCACCCCGACCCCAGAACGCGUCCAGGGUUGGCUGAGGUCGAACCAUGAGCUUUUGAGGGGCUGCUUUGGGCUGCUUGGCCCUGCCCAUGCCGCCCGUCCCGUGCCGUCUGUCGUUUGCCGUUUGCCGUCUGCCGUUUCCUCGCUAACAAUGUCUCGCCCUGUCACCACGUGUUUCUGUUAGACUUGGCACAAAACCGACUCAAUGCGAUGCAUCUCGGCCGUCACCCGUCACCUCUCACCUACUCUAACCCAUGCACUGCCCGCCUGCCUGGACCAGUAUCGGUGCGCUCCCAUCUGCUCUGGAACCUGAGAUGAAUGCCCGCCUUCUACCUGGGCACACUGCAUUCACGGUCACCGGUCACCAGUCACCAGUCACCGGUGGGCGGUGGGCGGUGGGCAGGGCCUCCUCGUUUCACCCUGGGCUGCCUGGUAGUUGGGCUGGGUUUGUUUCCAACACGGCCAGGUACAAUUGGCUUCCAGUUUUGUUUCAAAGUAGACGGGCAAGGCGGAAAGACAGACAUGUCCAGGCAGAGAGCCUACUACCGGGGCAUGGCUCCUGCUUCUAAGCUUUGACUUUGACUAAAAGCCCUCCAGGCCACUCCGAAUUGUGGAGGUACCGUGCUGGUCCCACCGCGGCUGCCCCGCCCAACUGCAUCAAAAUUCGGCCUCAUCCAUCCUGUCACCCAACCCACCGUCCCACCACCACCGGGUAAACAAACGGCAGCACGAACCUUCCAGGGACCUUGAAAGCAGCGUAGAGCACAGAGGUCAGAUUUCAGGUUGGAGUUCAGAGCAGAGACGACGUCCCACAUCCCCUAGGAAGGCUGGAAAGGUCCCUGGUAAGGAUUCAACUGACGCCGUUUCCUCUGCCCUCUCUGCUGUCCCUCCUCCGCAGGCAGGGGAAGACCACCCGAGAUGCUUGAUGACAGGGAGAUUGAGGCCGCUGUUAAUCAGCUGGCCGCCUACCGCAAGGACGACGCCUUGAACGACAUCCUGAACCGCUAUGAGGCGCUUCUGGGCGACUACAAACGCCUCAAGAGCGAUUACGAAGAGGAGCGCGAGAACCGUGAGAAGUGGAAGCUUCAAGCCAAAGGACAAGAGCGCAACCCCUUCGUGCUGGUCCUUGUCGACGCCGAUGGCUACGUGUUUGAUGAUGACUUGAUUGCCGCCGGCCAAGAAGGCGGCGCCCGGGCUGCGAAGCUACUCAACGACACCAUCAAGGUCUCCAAGAGGAGGAAGGGAUUGGAGCAUUGCGAGACCAUGGUCCGUGUCUACGCCAAUGUCGCCGGCCUGUCCAAAGCCCUCGCCAAGGCUAACCUCGCCGGGGCGGACAAACGCUCGCUGGCCCCUUUUAUUGCCAACUUCAACAGGUCAUAUGGCCUGACCGAUUUCGUCGACGCUGGAGAGUUUAAGGAGAACGCCGACUUCAAGCUUCGCGAGAUGCUCAGGCUCUAUGCCGAGAACGCCCAGUGCAAACACAUCUAUUUUGCCGCCUGCCACGACGCCGGCUAUGUCUCGCAGCUCACCGCCUACCGAGGACAUAGCGACCGCUUCACCCUCAUCAGAACAUCCGGCCUCCAUUUCCAUGACGAGUUCACAAAACUCGGCCUGGGCAUUGAGGAGCUACCUGGCGUCUUCCGCGCAGCGGGCUCUGCGAUGGAUGCUUUCUACCCGAAGCCACUGCUUGGGAAGAACAAUACAGCCCCGCAGUCGUCCAGGACCCAACCCGCCGAGUCGAGAGAAGUUUGUGCAUUCCACUCGGUGGGCAGGUGCAAGUACGGAGAAACUUGCAAGAAUCUGCAUGUUGGCCCUGCACCCUCGCCUCUUGCUCUCAGGCCCUCUAAGCUGAGUCGCCCUUCCUGGCGAAAUGGAAGUGACUCUUAUGAUGCAUCAUCCGACUACCCCCCACCAGCUAAACCACAUGCCGCUUCCGGCCGAAACUACCAACAACAGUCCGAUCUCUUCAGCCAACUGCCGAAGAGAGACGAGAUCCCAGACGGCCAGGUUGCCGUCAACGCUUCACAGCAGCGUCUAGACGCGUACAUCCCCGUGCCGACCUCGGAGUCCGAGCAUCGCCUCAAGCUCAGGUCCUCGAUGCAGCGCCUCUGCAACGCGAAACAUCUAACCGGAUAUUGUCCCAACCCACACUCAUGUGAAUAUGACCAUAACCCGCUCGAAGCGGAUCUCAUCCCUACUCUCGAGUGGCUCGCCAGGUCAUUGCCCUGCCCCCGACGAGACAAGUGCCGCAACGCAUCUUGCACCUCCGGUCAUAUCUGCCAGAAGUCUGACUGCAAGUUUCGUGGCGGAAAGGGCUUCUGCAGGUUUCCCUGGAGUCUGCACUACGAUGAUCUUAAGGUUGAUCGCUAUGUGUACGCUAUUUCGAACAAACAAUCGGCCUCACAGCACGAGCGAUCUGCCGCGCCUUCACCGUCCGAACAAAAUAGAAAUGAAGAUGAAGGUGUCGACCAGGAGGAGGAGGAGGAGGACAUAUCAAGCCUUAACGGCGGUAUAUCAGUAGGCACAUUGUGAGGCUGUCACAAAGGCCCAAGACAGGAAGAGUGUGAUAUGUCUAAAUGAUCAGGGCAUAGCGUGUCGGAUAAUCCUUGACAGGUUAUCCCGCAAAAAUUGGACCACCUGAACCGACAAUCAUCAUGAGCAACAGCUCUGGAUACACACCAAGUAUCCUGACAACUAAUUCCUUGUAAUCUUAAAAAGAAAGUUGGGGUCAGAAAGGAAUUUGAAAAGAAGAGGGAGCAAGGGGGAUAUUGUACCUGGAAGUGAGGAUCAGACACUCGCAGGGUGCAAGCAUCUGAGUGAGGGGAGCGGAUGGCCUGAUGAAGAGAUAAUGGCUGAAGAUCGAGUUCAAUCUCUGGGUGGAAAAGGCCAAGGGCCCAGCACAGCAAAUACGUCUACCAAAACUAUCGAACCACAAAUGACAUCUGGAGGCAACUAGAUGAGUUUGCUUUCAGAUUUGAUGGAAAUGAACUACAUGGCAGUACCUAGUCUUGUCAUCACACUAAAAGAAGGAGGAGGAAGUCAGGGUUGUCAGAUUUCCUGGAGGACUUUUUUCCCUUUUCUUUUAUUUCUUUAUGUCUUUCUUUUUUUUGUUGAAAAACAAAAAAGGCCAAGUAAGCGACGGUGGAUGCUCUAGGGUAAUGGGCCCAAGAUUGUUCAUCUAUAACACCUGAACUUAGAUGCUGAGGUGGCACAACAUAUGAUGACGGGAUGGGUUUCCCCAAGUUAAACGCAGUUUUCAGUCUGAGAACUAAAUACCAUCUGUCUGCUUUG